AUGGUACUGAAUUGGGUCAAGCUCGAGCCGAAUGAGGAUGAAUUAGUGAUUUGCAGCUUCAUAGAAGAAAAUAAAGACUUGGAUCCACUUAACAACCCCCGGAUUAAGGAGGAUGUGGCAGACGAGGAUGCAGUAGAUGAAAAAGUAGCAGACGAGGUUGAAGCAGACGAAGAUGAAGCAGACGAGGAAGUAGCAAACGAGGUUGAAGCAGACGAGGAAGUAGCACACGAGGAUGAAGUAGACGAAGAAAAGGCAGACGAGGAAGUGGCGAACGAGGAAGUAGCAGGGAAGGAUGCAGCAGACAAGGAUGAAGCAUACGAGGAAGUAGUAGACGAGGAAGUAGCCGACGAGGAUGAAGCAAACGAGGAUGAAGGAAACGAAGAAGUAGCAGACGAGGAUUACGGCGUCUGCUACCUGAGGCUGACAAAAAAAGAAGAAGUAUUGGGCUGGAAACCUUCGCUAGGAGACAUUGAAGAAGAAGAGGGGGAAAUGUUUUCCGAAGAUGAAGAUGACCUGGAGGAAAAAAAGAAUACCGAAAUCGAUGCCCCAAAGGAAAAAAAUUCAAAGAAGGAUGGAUCAGUUUUCGGCAGGAUUAAUUAUUUUAUUUUCUUGGUCAAGCUCGAGCCGAAUGAGGAUGAAUUAGUGAUUUGCAGCUUCAUAGAAGAAAAUAAAGACUUGGAUCCACUUAACAACACCCGGAUUGAGGAGGAUGUGGCAGACGAGGAUGCAGCAGAUGGAAAAGUAGCAGACGAGGUUGAAGCAGACGAGGAUGAAGCAGACGAGGAAGUAGCAAACGAGGUUGAAGCAGACGAGGAAAUAGCAGGCAAGGAUGCAGCAGAUCAUGAUGAAGCAUACAAGGAAGUAGCAGACGAGGAUGAAUUAGACGAAGAUAAAGCAGACGAGGAAGUAGCAGGGAAGGAUGCAGCAGACGACGAUGAAGCAUACGAGGAAGUAGUAGACGAGGAAGUAGUCAACGAGGAUGAAGCAAACGAGGAUGAAGGAAACGAAGAAGUAGCAGACGAGGAUUACGGCGUCUGCUACCUGAGGCUGACAAGAAAAGAAGAAGUAUUGGUGAGGCUGGAAACCUUCGCUAGGAGACAUUGA